AUGAGAAGACCUUUAACGGGGCAGGACAAGAGGGCCGUGUGCUGUCUAUGUUGCAAGAGGGGUGUAGUCAGCGUGAGAAGUUCUUUAGAACGUUCGGCUUAUUGCUGCGGAGAGAGCAUCCGGCUGAAGGCGGACAUAGACAACCAGAGCGAAGAGAAUAUAUUCCUCAGACUCAAAUUGGUUCAGUACGUGGAGUUUUUUAUCGAUCGAGGCGUGUUGGGCAUCAACAAAGAAGUCAAUAGAACCGUAUUAGAAUAUAAAGGUGACGCCAUACACCCUCACACCAGAUCCAAAUUUGAUAGUUCAAACAGUUUAGUGGUUCCCGUCAUGCCACCCACUCUAAUGGGAGUGUGCCGCCUUCUCCAAAUCUACUAUUUUCUAAAGGUUUGGGUGGAACUGGAAAAAUCCGGCGACGAUUUACAUAUGAAUUUCCCAAUCACGAUAGCUACUUGUCCUUUCCGCAUUCCCAAUUCAAACCAGCAACCCAAGUUAGAGUACGAAGUGUGUUGUGAACACGUGGAGGGAGGAAUGUAUAUCGGACCAGAAUUCCUCUUGGGACAGGUAUACGAUGGAACGUUGGGAAUGGAGGAAGGAGAAACUGUAGUACUGUACAGACCGGUCUACGUCUGCGUUCGGAACAGGGGAAAUUCUCAACCCUCUAAUGCAAUCUCGCGAGGCAACAACGAAGCAGGAAGCAGCAGCCGCCAAGAGAAGACGGCGGGAGUGAGCGAAUCCAGGGCGUAAGACAGGGAGAUACCGGAUUACGGCCAGUACGGGACCAGAUUCGAAUGAGUUAAAAAAAACCUAGCCACACGAUCAACAAACGACUUGUCCGAAAACGGAAAAAAGUAAAAGCCUGCCUGCAGGAUCGAGUCCAGAUGGAAGGGAAAAGACGGUGCCUCUUUUCGGAUAUAUAAACAAAAAGUAGUUUACCAAGAGCCUUACACCUGACACCAUCUCUACAUAUUUACACUACUAGGCCACAGCUAUCUGUGUGUAAUUAUUCAGGUGUUUGUAGAAGCCUUAUCAUUUCUUCCACGAGAUCGAUAUGUGUCCUCUCUAUUAGCUAAAAAAAAAAAAACAAAAUAAUUGGUGUUGGCAACGACGGUGCAGCUAUUGACUUUUUUUAAAAAUUACACUACGUGGUGUGUGCGUGUGCGAGAAUAGUUGCUUAUAUCAAUAAUCAAAUAGAAUAAACCUCCCAACAUUAGAAUGUAGUUCUUAUUUUGGGACCAUAGAGACGAAACAAGAGAAUAAUUUUUCUUAAAAAAAAAAAAACAAAGGUAUAAAUCACUCACCUUAGUAUCCGUGUAGACAUUCUUUCCAGACUUAGUAUUAACAGAUACGUAUAUUUCUGAAAUAAAAGCAUACGGUAUAUAUGCAGUAAAGCGUAUCUACUGUUAAAAAAAGACGACAACGAAAUGAGCAUCGUAUUUUUAAUCCUUGGAUAUAAAAGGAAUAUAUAUAUUCCACGAACGAGGAUUUACACCAUCGUUAUUUUCACAAGAUGAUGGAUGAUAUUAAAAAGCAUUGGGUGCUUUUGAUGUUAUUGUUGAUGUUUGUAUAUAUUUCUAAAUGCCUGUGGUUUCCAUUAUUUAGUGUCCUGAUCAGUAAAAAUUCUAAAGAAAAAGAAACAAAAAAAAAAAAAA